UAUCACCACGCCCCCCAGACAUCCCGCCGUCCCAUCCCAUCCAGCCAUGGCAGACCCCCCGACCUUUGCACAGCAGACAAGCGUCUUCAGCGUCGCAGAGGGGCCCAGUACCAGCGGCGUCAAGCGGGGCAAGACUGGAUGUCUCACCUGCAGGCUAAGGAAAAAGCGUUGCGAUGAAGCAAAGCCAGUAUGCCUCAACUGUGACCGCCUGGGCCUCGAGUGCAUGGGCUACACUGUCAAACGGCCGGAUUUUCUGAAGGAAGAAGAGGAGAUAAAGCGUAUCAAGGCAGACAUCAAAGCCAAGAUGUCAGAGACGCGUAGAGCAAACAACAAGAAGGGCAAGGGCAAGAGCCGGCGUUCGAAUCGCAAAGACAGCAACCAAACCACAUCCACGUCUGAUGACCAGCCUGUGGACGACCCCGCCCCUGCUAGUGGCUUCCACCAGCCUGCUACCGCUACACCUUCGACUGCUAUGCCGUUCCGAACCACGCCACCAGAUAGCGCAGGUCUAUGGAGCUCGCAUGUGGGCAUGUCAAAUUCAGCCUGGCCUCCGGAUUCGUCAAUGCGUCUCCCCUCCCAGAUCAACAUGCCGGCGCGCACAGACAGCAGCCAAUCCACGUCCACACCUGAAUACAGGGCUACGGAUGGCUCUGGCCUACCGGAGGCAUCUUGCUCUCACGCAUCUGCUGAACCACCGUCCUCUAUACCAUCGUCCUCUAUGCGAUUUCUUACGCCCACAUCCGCAGAAGCCACCCAUAUGCCGAUAUGGAACUCUGUAUCCAAGCCGACUUGGUCGCCACGUUCAGCUGUCCCUCCCCCAGUGCCAGAGAUGCAUCUGGCCAGUCAUCAAGAAGUCAUGUCUGACGCACACCAGAUCAACAAGGCGCGCACAGACAGCAGCCAGUCUAUAAGCACAUUCCAAGGCGAGGGCUCAUCCGAACCACCUCCCUACUACCCUGCCCCCCCUGAUUCGUCAACUUCCAUGCUUUUCCAAACAGCGCAUCCUUCAGAGCCGGGCCCACCUCCUUGGGGCUCGAGCGCGGCCCCUCUGCCACCUUUGUCACAGCCGGAAGACAACAGUGUGCCUGUAUGGAAGAUUAUGGGCCCGUCGGACCCGAACACGACUUGGUCCUCCCACCCGCCCAUGCCGAUGCCGACCCAAGCGUCACAUUUAAGCGCUCCCAUGGGAGAAGCAUCCAUGCCGACGCUCGACUCGGGACUCCCUAUGAGUGAUCCUGCAAACGUCUUUGGCGAUUGGACGGGUCUGGAUGGACUGCCGAUCGCAGCCGUUCCAUGGCCUGCUGCCUUCCUUGCCGACGUCCCCGCCCCCCUUCCCUCGCCUCAUGCUCCUGCCCAACAGCAAGAGUCUACGAUCCCAAGCGGACAAAACUCUAUGGACAUGACCAUGUUCAACGUUCAAAGCUCCAUCGACGACUUUUGGGCAAGCUUUGGCAACCCCAAUGCCCCACAUAGUCUGAUCCAGACGCAAAAUCAUGACCAAAAUGACGCAUCAGCGCCCCCCUGGCCCAGACCAAAGUUCAACUUUCCCAUAUUCUCUCCACCCCCUCGUACGCUAUCUGUAUCAACCAUGCCGUCGGAAUCGUAUAUCCAACACUAUUUCAACGUCAUGCUGCCGAAACAGUACCCCUUUAUUGGCUUUGCCAUCUCCGACUUUCUUACGCGCCUCACGUGUGCUAAUGGAGACGUCUUGACCAGUCUAUCAUCCCUCGCUGCUCUCCACAUCUCUGCUUCCAAGCGGCGCGAAGUAGGAGGGUUCGAUAGCACCAUGCAGGCGGCUAGAGUCUUGGGCCUCGAGGACGGCCAGACUGAGGAAGAAGACGUCGACCAGCAAGUAGCUUCUUCAGGGCAUCAACAUAUCGUCGAGCGGCUCCGCUUUAUAGCGCCUGCAGAGCUUACUUCGGAGGCGGUGGUGGUGUCGGCCAUCACGGCUUUGUCGUAUGUGACCUUUGCGGGGGGUACGGCGCCGCAGUGGAGAGAGUCGCUGGCAGUCAUACGGGGAUGUCUUGCUUCCACCCUGGCAGCUUCUUCCAAGCUUGGAGACUUUUCCUUGCAGGCUGACUCGCCGAAUGUGCCUUGGAAACAGUAUCGACCGCUGAUAGAGUUCAUGAUCCGUCUAGACAUCAUUGGGUCGGUGACGGAGAACAAGCCAUCGCGGCUCUUGGAUGUCUAUCGGGUACUGCUGAAACGCUCAAAGGCGGAUCCGACGACCGAGACGCAACGUAUACUACCUCACCUUGUAGGAUGCGACAACACCACCCUGCUGGUGAUUGCCGAAUGCGCCGCCCUCUCCCACUGGCGCACCUCUGCCGAAAACGAAGGCCGCCUUCAAGUCGACGAGCUCGUCCGCCGUGGUCAAGAUAUCGAAGAUAUCAUGGACGACCGUGAUGAACGAGAGGCGUGUCUGGGCGAAGCUGAUUCAAAGCUUCCAGAGGGCCAGGCGGAUAAGGUGAGGGCGAUGAGGGAGGCGUUCUUUUGUGGGGCGAGGGUGCUUUGGGCGACCGUGGUCAAUGGGCCUUUCCCUGGAGUUCCCAAGAUCAGUCUGGCAGUCCAAGAGACUAUCACCGCCCUUCAGAACCUCUUCAAUCUGCAUGGCAGCACAGACAUCAACCGUGUCCUCAUUUUCCCCAUCACCCUCGCCGGUGCCCAUGCCGAAACGCCUUCGCAACAAGCAUUCUUCCGAAACAUGUUUAGCGACAUGUCGGAAACGGAUAAAGCGUUUGGGAAUAGGUGGGCAGUGCUGCAGAUGAUGGAGGAAGUGUGGCGGAAGAGGAGGUCGAUGGGUAAAGGGGCGAGGGUUGAGUGGAGGGAAAUGAUGAAGGAUAUGGGGUGGGAGGCGGGUGUGCUGCUCGUAUGAGGCAGUGCAAGGCACCCGUGGGCGAUGCUGCCACGAAUCACAUGGUAAUAUAAUGAUAGGUCAUCCGCUCAUCAGAGUUUGGACAAUUUGUAGCGAUGUAGUUGUAAUAGUGUGUAUCAUC